UAGCUCAGGCUUCCUGCCACCUCCUCCCCUCCCCCAGCGGCUUGGGCCGGGCGCCCCAGGGAUGGACUCUCCCCACUCCGGGCCGGCACUGGAGGCUCAGCCCACACCCUCGGGCGGCUCGGCGGGCGCGCAUUGUCUGCCCCGAGGCGUGCUCCCCCUCCCCCGCCCGCCGUCCCGUCACCUCCCCACCCUAUGCUUUCCCCUCCCCUCUCUCCAGCCCGCUCCUCCUCCUCUUCACCUCCAGCGCCCGACAGCUCGCAGAGCGCAGUUCCGACCCACAGCCUGGCACCCUCCUGCGAGUGCUGUUUAUUUAGGCUCGGUGAGUCCAAUCAGGAGCGCAGGCUGCAGUUUUCCGGCAGAGCAGCAAGAGGCGCCUCCUCUCUCCUUUUUAUUCUCCUGCCGCGGCGCGCAGCCCCGGGACUCGCGCUCGCCUGCCCGCCAGCGCCCUCGGCCUCUGCUCUCGCUGGCCCGCCCGCCGGGGAGCGGGAGCACCCUCCGCCGCCCUGCUCCCACUUCAGGCCCACUUCAGGACCCAGAAGUCUGUAGAAGCUCGGGAACCCUGGGCCUGCCCAAGCUAGCUGGGGCGACGGACAUCAGCGACUCCAGAGCCACUCUAGCGUGGGGGCCCUUCAUGCCUUCUCCCCCCACCUCGUCUUCCUCCUCCUGCUGCUGCUCCCUGGGUGGGGAUCGCGGUCCCGGCGACGCCUGCAGCUGCACGACGCCAAAGCGCCACCCCGAGACGGCGGCGGGUCCUUCGCAGCUGGCCAUCCCCUUCGGAGCCUCUGAGACUGCAGACGCCAGCGACUCGGGGGCCUUUCCAGCGCGGGAGUCCUUCAUGCCGCCGUCCCCCACCUCGUCCUCGUCCUCCUGCUGCUGCUCCCGGGCCGGGGAGCGCGGCCCCCGCGAAGCCUGCAGCUGUCGGACCCAGAAGCUAGACACCGAGGCGGCUGCGGGGCCGCCUGCCCGUUCGCUCCUGCUCGGCCCCUACUCCUCGCAUCCCUUCGGCGCUCCGCACGGGCCCGCGGCGCCCGGGGUGACAGGCACCCCCGGGAGCGCCCUGUCGAGCUGGGAGGACCUCCAGCUCUUCACUGACCUCGACCAGGCUGCCACCGCCAGCAAACUGCUGUGGUCCAGCCGCGGCGCAAAGCGGAGCCCCUUCGCCCCCGAACAGCCCGAAGAGAUGUACCAGACGCUGGCGGCCCUCUCCAGCCAGGGCCCAGCCGCUUACGAGGGCGCGCCCGGCUGCUUCGUGCACUCGGCCACCGCGGUCAGCUCCCCGGUUUACGUGUCCACGGCGCGCGUGGGCUCCAUGCUGCCCGGCCUGCCGUACCUCCAGGGCCCGAGCAGCGGGCCCGCCAACCACUCGGGGGCCGCGGGCGCGCACCCCGGUUGGCCCCAAGCCUCUGCCGACAGCCCCCCGUACGGCGGCGGCGGAGCGGCAGGCGGUGGGGCGGCGGGCCCCGGGGGCGCGGGCUCGGCCGCUGCGCACGUGUCGGCGCGCUUUCCCUACCCUACCCCCUCCUCGAUGGCCAAUGGCGUGGCACGGGAUGCUGGGGGCUACGCGGCAGCCGGCAGUGGGGCCGCCCCCGGGGUGGGCGGCGGCGGCGGGCUGGCGGCCAUGGGCGCACGCGAGCACCAGUAUAGCUCCCUGAGCACCCCGAGGCCGCUGAACGGAACCUACCACCACCCACAUCACUCCGCCCCCUACUCGCCCUAUGUGGGGCCGCCGCUGACGUCUGCCUGGCCCGCAGGGCCCUUCGAGACCCCGGUGCUCCAUAGUCUGCAGAGUCGCGCCGGCGCCCCGCUCCCGGUGUCGCGGGGCCCCAACGCAGACCUGCUGGAGGACCUGCCGGAGAGCCGCGAAUGCGUCAACUGCGGCUCCAUCCAGACCCCGCUGUGGCGGCGGGACGGCACGGGCCACUACUUGUGCAACGCCUGCGGCCUCUACAGCAAGAUGAACGGCCUCAGCCGGCCCCUCAUCAAGCCGCAGAAACGUGUGCCUUCCUCCCGGCGACUUGGACUGUCCUGUGCCAACUGUCACACCACAACAACCACUCUGUGGCGUAGAAAUGCUGAGGGUGAACCUGUGUGCAAUGCUUGUGGACUCUACAUGAAACUCCAUAGGGUUCCUAGACCACUUGCAAUGAAAAAAGAGGGAAUUCAGACCAGGAAACGAAAACCGAAGAACAUAAAUAAAUCAAAGACUUGCUCUGGUAAUAGCAAUAAUCCUGUCCCCAUGACUCCCACAUCCACCUCUUCUAACUCAGAUGACUGCAGCAAAAAUACUUCACCUACAGCGCAAACUACAGCCUCAGGGGUGGGAACUUCAGUGAUGUCUGGUCCGGCAGAGAACAGUAAUCUGGAGAACAGUGAGCUCAAGUACUCAGGUCAAGAUGGGUUGUUCAUAGGUGUAAGCCUGGCCUCCCCCGCUGAAGUCACAUCCUCCGUGAGACAGGAUUCCUGGUGUGCUCUCGCCCUAGCCUGAGACUGGCUGGCGGGGACUGAAGAGCAUCAGCAGCCUGCAGGACCUGCGCUGAUGUUGUCAAGCAGUUCACAUUGGUGCGAGUAUGUUGACAAAAAACAGUCUUGACACGUGAUCUUCGUGCCUUGAUUUUUGAAAGAUAUAUACAAAAUUUCCUAAGAGGCUUGUUUAGCCUUACCACCCACUCCCUGUCAGGGGAAGAAUGAGACAGAAGAUGGAGUGCUUGCCGGGAAGGGCCAGUGGGGCCCACAGCACGUAGUCUCCUUCUGGGUCAUGCAGCCCCUUGGAUCUGCCGGGGGAUUUGUUGUCCACUGAGCCGAUUCCAGAAACUGGGACUAAGACCAGGGCCUUGCCUGCUAAGGAACAUUGCCAGUGAUUAAAACAAAACAACAAAGCAGAACUUUGAUAUGUAUUGUCCCAAAUGAUGUACUUCUGAUGGAUUUUGGUUGUUCCAGAAUUUCCUCGGUUGUUCCAGAAUUUCCUCAUGCCCUUUCCACAUCCAGACCCCAAUGUGUCCCUGGAGAAGACCGCCUGAGGCCAUUUGGUACACACCUGGAGGCCAAGUCGGUUCAUGAAAUCUCUUGUUGAUGUAUUUCUGUUUAGGAGACUGCAUCAUAAUUGCAAUUACACUAUGACUGCUGUUCUCAAAGUUCAUAUUGUGUGACUGAUCUGAAGUCAGUCAGAUUUGUAAACAGGGUAGCAAACCAGAUAUUUUUCUUCCAUGUAUACAAUAAUUGUUUUAAAAAGUGCAAUUUGCGUUGCAGCAAUCAGUGUUAAAUCACUUUCAUAAGAUUUAACAACAUUUUUUAUAAUGAAUGUAAACACUUUAACUUAAUGGUACUUAAAUAAUUUAAAAAGAAAAAUGUUAACGUAGACAUUCUUAUGCUUUCUUUUACAACUACAUCCCAUUUCUAUAUUCCAACUGUUAAGAAUAUUUCAAGAACAAAUCUUCUCAGGAAAAUUGCCUUCAUCCAUUUGUUAAGCAUUUUUAUACAAGGACACUGAUAUUUCCCCUCCUUUCCAUUACUGUGGAAUACAUGCUGGAAAAAUGCAACAGAAUUUACUACCUAUCAUGUGACAUUUGUAGACACACUUGGCAUCUGUGCACUAUGAUGGAGUCUCUCCAGUGUGACUGACCCACAGGCAGGUUGGCUUACAUUUAUUAUUUUUUUUAAAUGGGAUGUCAUGGAAACCUAUUUCACCAGAGUUUUAAAAAAUAAAAAGGGUAUUGCUUUGUCUUCUGUACAGUGAA